AUGGUAGUGGUAAUGUUGGUGAUGAUUGUAGUGAUGGUGAUGCUGAUGGUGGUGGUGAUCGUGGUGAUGAGUGUGGUCGUUUUGAUGGUAGUGGUGGUAGUGUGUUUUAGUGGUGAUGAUGGUGAUAGCUAUGGUGGCUGUUGUAGUGAUGGUGGUGGUAAUGGAGGUAGUUUUGGUGGUGGUGAUGGUAUUGGUGUCGUAGAUGGUAGUAAUGGUGGUGGUGAUGAUUGUGGUCGUUUUGAUGGUAGCGGUGGUGGUGAUAGUGGUAAUGAUGGUGGCUGUGGAGCUGGUGAUGAUGGUGAUUGUAGUGAUGGUGGUGCUGAUGGUGGUGGUGAUCGUGGUGAUGAGUGUGGUCGUUUUGAUGGUAGUGGUGGUAGUGUUUGUUUUGAUGGUGAUGAUGGUGAUAGCUAUGGUGGUUGUUGUAGUGAUGGUGGUGGUGAUGGAGAAGCUGCGCGACUCCCGUUGGUAGCUCGUGAACCUGAUUGA